GAAGGCACAGAGCAAAGCAGAGCAGAGAAAAGAGAGAGAGAGAGAGAUGGGGCUCCGGAGGAUGACGGGUCAGUCGUCGUCCCGGUCGGGCGACCCGGGCGCCUCCACCAGCGGCGGCGGGGCGGAGUCGCCGCGGCGGUUCGCGCCGGCGGCUCAGCCGGAGAUAAUGAGGGCCGCCGAGAAGGACGACCAGUACGCCUCCUUUCUCUACGACGCCUGCCGCGACGCCAUCCGCCACCUCUUCGGCACCAGAGUCGCCGUGGCGUAUCAAAGCGAGACGCAGCUUCUCGGGCAAAUGCUGUACUAUGUGCUGACGACUGGUUCGGGGCAGCAGACGUUGGGGGAAGAGUAUUGCGACAUCACUCAGGUUGCUGGGCCUCACGGGCUUCCUCCAACACCGGCGAGGCGCGCCCUUUUUAUCAUAUAUCAGACUGCAUUUCCUUACCUCACGGAAAGAAUAAGUUCUAGAGUUGCCUCACGUGGGAUCAUGCUGGCUGAGACACCAUCUAGUGAACUGUAUGAGAAUACUGCUUUUGAGAAUAAUCAAGGUCAAACUUCUUUAGCUACUGGUAAUCCAUCUUCGUCUGUGUCACGAGGAAAUGGAUCUAUAUUCGCGAGGUGGAAGAGAAGAUUAAAUGCAUUGUGGCUGGAUGCUGUUCAGAGGUGGCCUGCGGUGCUUCCUGUAGCUCGAGAGAUUUUGCAGCUGGUCAUUCGAACUAACCUCAUGUUCUUCUACUUUGAAGGCUUCUAUUAUCAUAUAUCAAAACGAGCAGCGGGCAUCAAAUAUGUGUUCAUUGGUAAUCCAUCCAACCAAAGGCCUAGAUACCAAAUAUUGGGCAUAUUUCUCUUGAUACAGCUUUGCAUCCUUGCUGCUGAAGGACUAAGGCGCAGCAAUUUGUCAUCCAUUGCGAGUUCAGUUCAUCAGACAUCAUUAGGCACACACCAAACUUCAUCAGGGAGAGGCUUGCCUGUACUAAAUGAGGAGGGCAAUGUGAUAUCGCUGGAUCAUAACAAAGGAAGUUGGCUAACAGAUUCUUCAACUUCAGAGCCUCAAGGAAUGACUGGCACGAGUAAAUGUACAUUGUGCCUGAGCCAUCGCCAACACCCAACGGCGACACCUUGUGGUCAUGUAUUCUGCUGGAAUUGCAUUAUGGAAUGGUGCAACGAAAAGCCUGAAUGCCCUCUCUGCCGCACUCCUAUUACUCACUCGAGCUUAGUCUGUCUGUAUCAUUCGGAUUUUUAGUCCAUUUUAAAGUGCAUCACAAUCUUUAGCUGGUGGAAAGAAUAAGAAAGAAGCAAAGCAGCUGCCUCUUGUUACCUAGGUGGUGAGUGGCCAAUUUUUCGCGUCCACAGCUCGGAAUGAAUGUUGUAAUUUUGAUCUCCUGAACUGCUGACCGUGGCCAUUGGAGCCAGGAGCCAUCAAUUUUCGCAUCAUGUAACGUUGGUCUCCCUUUUCAUACUGAUCUACAAAUAACGAUCGGAUGAUGUACACUAAAUCUUUUGAGGUUCGCCAAAUGAAUUUAUUGGCGUCUCUAUUGGAA